ACAUGGCUGACUCACCCGCCGGCUGAGGAAAAAUUGCUGCAAAGCUCAGAGGAUAAAGACAGUCAGCUGUGGGUCUCUACUGACCACUUCUGAGAAUCUGGGGACAACCUAUUGGUGCAGAAGGUGUAGUAGAUGAUGGCGCGCGUCAGGCUGCUGGUGCUGCCGCUGCUGCUGUUCAGCCUCUGUGGGACGUUUUGUGCAGUGGUGCAACAAGGGACAGAAACAAAUGAAGCAAUGGCCUAUCUCAGGAAGUAUGGAUACCUGAGUGAACCCCGAGAUCCACAGAACCAGUCUUACCUGGAAGAGUUCUCUGAGGCUCUCAGGGUGUUUCAGAGAGUGAACGACUUGCCCCCUACUGGAGAAAUUGAUGAAGCUACCCUUGGUGUGAUGAGAGCACCCCGCUGUGGCAUGGAGGACCCCUUCAAUAAGAAAUAUAACAAAUACAGAGUGAUAGGCCGUUGGCGCAAGAACAGUCUGACAUACCGCAUUUACAACUACACACCCGACCUGAAGAGGUCACAGGUCAGGACGGCCAUCCACUCGGCCUUCAGGUACUGGAGUGACGUGACUUCUCUGACCUUCAGAGAGGUCCACUACGGCAGAGCAGACAUAAAAAUCUCCUUCCAUAAGAAAGACCUCUCCUGCCCUGUUCCGUUUGACGGCCCUGGUCAUGUCCUGGCCCAUGCUGAGUCACCAGAAUCUGGGAUUGUGCAUUUUGACGAGGAUGAGUACUGGACUGAGGGAACAUAUUAUGGUACUAAUCUUCGUAUUGUGGCUGCUCAUGAAAUAGGCCACGCCCUUGGAUUGGGUCACUCUCAGUACCGAGCCGCUCUGAUGGCACCCGUCUACUCUGGGUACCAGGCCAACUUCAGGCUGUAUGCCGAUGAUGUGAAAGGCAUCCAGGCGUUAUACGGAAAACGUGCGAGCAGUACUUUAGCCGGUCCAACGAGUUUUGAAAGCCCCCUCCCUACAGAAAGCAGCCAUGAUUCUCAGAACAUCCCUGACCCCUGCACCGCCACUCUGGACGCCAUCAUGCUGGGACCAUGGAGAAAGACGUUUGCUUUCAGUGGCGAUUACGUGUGGACGAUCUCAGAUACAGGAUACAACACACCAAUGAAGAUCAACAGGCUGUGGAAGGAACUCCCUGGAAACCUGAAUGCAGCCGUGCACUCUCAAAGAACCAACAAGUCAUAUUUUUUUCAAGGCAGUAAUGUGUGGAGGUACACGCAGUUCUCACUGGAUGAUGGCUAUCCCAAGCAGGUGACGCGGAUCCCACCGAAUAUCGAUGCAGCCUUGUACUUAAAUAGAAACAAGAAGCUGGUCUUCAUUAAGGGCUCAGAGUACUGGCAGUGGGAUGAGUUGAAAUAUAACAGUGACAGUUACCCCAAACCGCUUGCCUUUUUCGUCACCGGAGUACCAUCAAGUCCAGACGCCGCUUUCACUUGGACCAACAGCAAGAUCUUCUUCUUCAAGGGAGAUGAGUACUGGCGUGUGAACGAGGUGCACAGAGUGGAUCGAGGAUACCCACUGAGCAAGAAGGAGCGCUGGAUGCGAUGCUAGAGGGGGACCACCAUGGGGCAGCAGGUGCAAGGAGGGCCAAAGCCUGGUCCUGGUUUGACUCCAGGGCAUUGACAAUCGUGCAACCUCAGUAACAGCAAGCAAGCAUGAAUCAUGAAAAUCCGAUUUUAAAAAGUAGCAUGAGAACUGUUUUUUCACUGGAUGUGGCAACUAAGCCACUUCAGCAUGCCACAACUGACUGAUUGCUGAGAGGUCAGUUGUUGGAACAGUUAUGCAAGUUAAGUCUCAGGGAGCAAUGAAAGGUGGCUUUUUUUAUUCCAAUAUGUGCUGGACUUUGCAUUUUAAUCCUUUCAGUAAUGAUGUAAUGUUUUUGUCUGGACUUCCACAAUCAAAACCAAAUAAUGCCUAAUAUGAGUAGGCUGAGUGCUCUUAAUCAUCUUGCAUAGUACUUAUGCAUAUUAGCCUCACAUGCAUCUGUGGGAUUUUGAACAUUGUAUAGCAAUAAAAGUAUAUUGUGAAAUAAAA